GCUGGGUUUGAGAGUCAAACGAGUCUCGGGCUUUAAGUUAAUCAAGGUGAUGGAGAGUUCCGAGCUUCAAGAGAUCUGGAGAAGGGAGCUAGGUCUCUUACGGCCUCGAUCUUUUGCUUGCCGGGUCGGUGGUUCCGAGUUAUCUGACCUCCUUUGGCAUUAAACCUUGUGAGGAGAAUCAUUCAUGGACUUGCACAUAUCCAGGAAUAAGUUCUGUACUGUAAGGAACAAGAGAAUCAAGGCGGUUGUGAAGCGCUUGGAUCUUUAUGGAAAGCUGCAUGGUCAUAAGGGGUGUGUCAACAAUGUACAUUUUAGCCCCAGCGGUGAUAUUCUCGUGUCUGGUUCAGAUGACAAAGACAUCAUAUUUUGGAACUGGUCAAACAAAAGUAAAAUUCUUACAUAUUGUUCGGGUCAUAACGAAAAUGUCUUCCAUGCUCAAAUCAUGCCAUAUACUGAUGAUAGAAUUGUUGUGACAUCCGCUGCUGAUGGCCAGGUGAGGUUUGGUCAAGUCAUGGAGGAUGGUCAAGUCAGCACUAGACAGCUUGGGAUACAUCGAGGUCGAGUUCACCAACUAGCCGUAGAGCCUGGAAGUCCACACAUCUUUUACAGCUGUGGCGAGGAUGGCCUUAUUCAGCAAUUUGACCUGAGAAAUGAAACUCCCAUCAAACUUCUUACAUGUUCUUCAUUCUCAGAGAACAAACAGUCUAUACGAUUGAAUUCCAUCACAGUAGAUCCAAGAAAUCCUAAUUUGUUUUCUACUGGAGGUUUUGAUGCUUAUGCCCGUGUCUAUGAUAUCAGGAAUUAUCACUGGGAUGUCUCAAAGGGUUUAGACCAACCUGUUAACAACUUCUGCCCUCGCCAUCUGAUUGGCUCUACCAACGUUCAUAUUACAGGGCUAGCUUAUUCUAAUAAGAGUGAGUUGCUUGUUUCCUACAAUGAUGAGCUAAUCUACAUGUUUCAGAAAGAAAUGGGCAUUUUUACACAUCCAAAAACUAUCCAAGCUGAGGCAUUGCAGAACCUUGAUCAACCACAGGUGUAUUUUGGACAUAGAAAUUCACAAACAGUAAAAGGAGUAAGUUUCUUUGGACCCUGUGAUGAGUAUGUGGUGAGCGGCUCAGACUGUGGCCAUGUCUAUAUCUGGAUGAAAAAAACCGGCAAACUGUUGCGAAUGAUGGUUGGAGACAAGCACAUUGUAAACUCUGCAGAGCCCCACCCUUUCUUCCCUUUCCUUGCUACCAGUGGAUUUGAUAAAAAUAUCAAGCUUUGGACACCAAUGUCCAGAAGAUCAGCUCCUCUUCCUAAAAAUGCAAAAGAGAUAAUGGCAGCUAACAAAGGAGGUAGAGAAGUUCGGGCACGAAUCACACUAUCUCCUGAUGUUGUAAUGCAUGUAUUGACGCUCCAGAGGAGGCAAGCCUUGGUUUAUCGUGAGGCUACUCCUACAGAAGCUGAUUCUGAUAGCGAUUCAACUCCUGAAGAGGGCUCAGCUGCAGAUCCUACUGAGUGCAAUAUUAGCUGAGGAUCUCUGAAUGUUGUCAGCCUCUGUCUUCAUCUUCAUUGAAGCCAUGAAAAACUUGAUAGUUCUGUUAUGCAGGUCUUCCUUCAGGCUUUGUUUUUGAUGCUGUGAAGUGAUGAGAAAGGAAAGAAGAUAAAGGUUACUUGGUUUCUCUUCCAAAUGAUCUUUAGCCGUCCAUUUCCAUUUCAAUUUACUCUCCUUUCCGGGAGAAAUUAUUCUAUUCGGAUGCCGAACGUAACUCUACAUCCGGAGACCAACCAGAAUGAGCCACGUCAACAAUACCGAGUGUACUGAGCUGUGGUACCGACGUCCGACGUGA